AUGCGACAUGGCAAGCCGGAGAACGACGAAUGGACUCGACUUCUCAGCCAACUCUCAGGUGUCCGAAGAAACAAGCCGAAGGCCUUGCAAGCGCACCAACGAUGGUUGAAAAACCAUUUCGAGACUGAAAUUAAGUCACAUUUUCUCAAAAAGUGGCACAAGGCUGGGCUACCUAGCCGGAAGAUGGCGGCCUUCUGUGAUCAAAUCACUCGCAAAUGCUUUAAGAAACUGUCCAAAGAAGAACAGAAUGAUUGGAGGGAUAAAGCACAAGCCGAAGGUAAAGCUGCAGUCAAAGAAUGGAAGGACCAGCUUGAAGCUCCUCCUUCUACAUCUCCUGUCGAUAGGCAAGCGGCUCUGGAUAACCUGGCAGCUUUUGCUGGGCUGAUUAUUGCUGGCAUGUCCGAAACUCUCAGCAUGCACGUAUCCCUUCUAGUCAGUGGACCUGAACCUCAGAAGCAAGCUAAAGAGGAUUGCAAUUCCCGUCGCCUCCCAGAUGAUUCGGACAACCUGUUCACUAUUUCACAGGAAGGCUAUCAAUCCGAUGCCGAGGAUGAUCAGGAAAAUUAUCAAGUGAAUAAAUCAACAACGACCAAAUCUAGAUCCCACCGAAUGAAACCAAGGCAGCAAGUUACCAAACAGAGACGUGCUUCUCGGUGCAUGCCUUCUGAACCUUCUGAGAUGGACGAGUCGUCACUGGAAUCAUCUUCCUCAUCCUCCAGCUCAUCUCUGUCUUCCUCAUCUUCAACUUCAUCAAGCUUUACUGACAGUGAAGAAGAACACCAUGGUUCCAGACCAGUGUUACCAUUUUCACCACGCAAAGGAAACUAUGGUGUCACACACUUUGAUCCAUGCCACAAAGCAAGAGCUCGCAGGCAACUCAAUGCAAAGAGGAACUGCCAUACAUCUGAAGUCCCGGAUCAUGUCUCUGAAGCAUUGUGUCCUGUAUCUGAAGUGCCAGAUGACACGGAAGAAAUUGAUGAGCUCGAUGAGAAUGAUGCUCCUGACUCUGCCAUUAACGAUGCUGAGAUAACUGUCGAUCGCCCUCCUGUUCCACCUGCGAUCACAUCUCCCGCCGUGACCGAGCUGCCUGAUCACAACACCGUCGCCCGCCCACCUUUUGAUGACAAUGUGAUUGAUCCAUCUCUCAGAGAUGACCCUGGGAUGGCUAAGAUUCCUGAACUGGAUCUUCACGACACAACUCUCGACGAGCAUACAGUUAGCUCAACUCACACUGCAAAUGCUUCUUCUGAUGGCAACCUAUUGCUCGGCUUACCUACACUCCCACCCAGCCCGCCGUGGUUCAAAAAUCCAUUCCAGCAGUUGAUGAACCCCACCCCUACUUCUCCUCGGUUGAUCCAGUUGUUUGAGAAGCUGGUACACCUUGAGGAUGCAUCGAGCUUUGAGAACGAGAAAGCUGCCUUGGGAUGCGAACAUCAUCCGGUCGAAGUCCACUGGUGGAUUUCCCGUGGAUGUAAAGGGAAACCAACUAUACCCGAUCUCAAUACGUUCAUAUCACAAUGGUGGUCCUGGUGGCUCACGCUUCAACCGGAGUGGAGAAAAUGUCAAGCACCGACACUCUCGACACGUGCAAUUCUCCCUCGCACAGAUGACGGCAGUUGGGACUCCCUCAACAAACUGGGCGCAAAUGGCAUGCUUUCAGUUGUGGCCACCUUGAAAUGGUGGGCAGACAGUGCUGAUGGCAAAGGAUACAAGGACUUGCGCUGGGAAGACGCUCUAGACGAUGUCAUGUGGGUUUUGGACCAGCUCAUAGCAAUCCGUGCCAUGUUGAAAUCUAUGGCUUCCAGUGGUAACAAGAAAUGGGGUUGUUUCGAUACUACUCAGGCAAACACAUCAUCGAAGAAGAUGCGUAACCGACACUAA